CAUCAAAGUACCUUACCCGGGAGCUACCGUUCCUGCAUAUGGCCACUUGGAUGAGCCCACAACUGACCGGCUUUUGAUUCCGCAGCAUGAUUUGCGGGAAGCAGUUCAUCCCUCUGGACGACCAAUCGUUGUACUGCUCCGAAGAAUGCCGCAUGGACGACCAGAACAGCUCGACCAUCUCUGCGGCGCCGAGCCGCUACACCAGCAGUCACCCAGCCACUCAGUAUCCCUAUUACUCGGCCCCGCCAGAGCCUAGAGAUAUCAUUCCUCGCGCUUCGCCCUCGCGCCCAAGCUCGACGCACGUCACGCCGCCUGUCACUCCCGCAUCGGCCAUUGCAGCCCUGAAGUCACUGUCGAUCAGGCCGGCAAGUCCCACUUCACCUGUGGGGACUUACCACUCCAGCAUCUGGCCGUUUGCCCGGAGCGUUACGGCGACAAGCCCCAGCACUUCGUACUCUAAGCCAGCCGCGGGUUUCUUUUCAUCGACCUAUGACGGGGCGUUCUAUGGCGCCGGCAGCGACUACUAUGGCACAAGCUCCGACCGACCGUUGCCGUCUCGCAAGCCGACUGUGUACUCGAGACCGAAGUCCAUCGAGUUGGUGACACCCAUGUUGGGACGGUAACCUGUGUUCUCCCACCAACAUCCCACACUUUUUGCGGGGUGGGCAGCGACGUGGGACACGGCUGCACCCAUCCCUUUGGGUCCAUGUCAUGUGAGGAGGGCGGGCUCGGGUGACAACUGUUCUCAUCCUGCAUGCUGUCCUUAACCGGGGCGCCUGCGUCUUCGAUGUGGGGGCUAUCGCGAUGCAGCCUGUUGCGGGCCGCGCGGGGUUGGUGUUGGACGACGACGCCUGCGAGCAAUGCGGCAAACGAC